CCGUAGCUAUGCAUUUGUUGGAUUUGACGAUAUCCGUAGCGAUAUGAAAUGUUGGAUUGCUCUCAUAAUCUCAUACCUGAAGAUAAUUUGCUAAGGUUAAAUUAAAACAAAACCACAAGGUGCAAACAUUCUGCAUGCAUUUAGCGACUGGUUCAGUCAUGCACUUUGUUCAAUUGUGAUUCUUUAUUUGUUGAUAAAAAUAGCGAGUGAGUAAAGUUUUGUGCUUGGAAUUUAACUGAAAGUCGAAAAUAUGAGACUGAUUUUGAUUGUGGUGGCUUCGUUGGUCACUGUAGUUCUGGGAGGUCCUCACCCAAGACACAAUAAGAUCCGACGUGGGGGGCCCUUUCAUCAUCACGGACCACCCCCACCUCGACAUUACGCUCAUCAAAACCUGCACAGCUCAGCACCUUUCAGUCACCAUGGGCAUGGGCAUGGCGGUGGGCCAGCGAUAGGUGGAAUUAGUAAUUACGCUUAUCUUGCUGGUGGCGAAGGACAUGGUGCACAUGGCCAUCACCACCAGAACCACCAUCCUCCCCAAUUAUUAGGGGGAGGGCAAGAGCUGUUGAGCAGCUUGUCGCAAGCCUACGCCCCUGUGGAGCCUCCCUCACUUUCUGUUGCUCCCAUCAUCCCAUAUGAACCAGAAGGUCACUUUCCCGGAGGAGGAGUAGAUGGUGGUGGUGGUGGUGGUUAUCCAGAACCAGGUCCGGCCCCUGCAACGACCUCAAUCUCAAAAUCAGUCUACGUCUUCUCAGCCCCCCAUGAACCAUCGGAACACAUUCGUCCACAUAUCGUUAAGAAGUUUCCACAACAGAAACAGAAACAUUAUCAAGUCCUCUUCAUCAACGCUCCAAACCCACCCCCACAUCCCCAACAUACCGUCGAGUUGCCCCCACCCCCAGAGUUGAAGACACAGAUUUACGUCCUUGUCAAGAAACCUCAGCCUGCCCCACCAGUUAAAAUAAUUCCUGCUAAAGUUCCGCUAAGCAAGCCUGAAGUGUACUUCAUUCGCUAUAAAAACAACCAGGGUGGAGGAUAUGCACCGAUCCCAUCCGACGCUCCGAUCACAUAUCCCCAAGUAAUUGACCACGGUGGACACCACGGUGAGCAGCUCAUCUAUCACGACCAACCUCAACUUCUCCACCAACCACACGAGGAGCAAUUUCAACCCUUGGUACAACCAGGCCUGGAAUCGCCGCAAGAAUACACUUCAAUUGUCCCCGUUCAAGAGCAUGAACACCAACUCGAGUACGCACCCCAUCACCAUCAACAGCUCCAGCAAUUCCAGCCUGGUCCGGAGGAGUACGUUGUUGGACCACAGGAAGGUCAGUACGGAGAGUACGUGGAAGGGGGUGGUGUCGUUGGAGGGGUACAAGAACAAUAUGCUCCUGCUACCGUGGGCGACCCAUAUUCCGAUUACAGUCGCUUAUCCGCCCAUUUCUCCACCGUGACCGGAAGACCUGUCAAACUCCUCAGCUCGAGGCUGUGGAACAAGAAAAAGUCAACUAAACUCAGACGGCGAAAAAACCCCGUCUCCCGAAGCGAUGCUAAUAAUGAGAAAUGGACUCCAAUUAUUGCAAAGAAUAAGGUCGGAAAAAGAGAGUUGGAUGCAGGCAUGUCUGGCAUCUAAACCAAUUACGUCACGUUCAAAUCAAAAUAUUGCCAUGUUAUUUUAGGUCUAAAUUAUUAAUUAACAAAAAUUCUUUCAUAGGUACCAUAGUUCAUCAUCCUAUUUACUUGUUAGAGCAAUACAUAUAUAGGCAGGGCUGAUGCGGUCAUUUAAUUUUAUACGCGUAACUAUACAUAAUCUGGUAAAAGUUUCCCUUUCAACUUACCAAUUUCAAAAACAGUUUCCAAUACCAGCGAACAAACCCAGUCUGCAGGAGUACAUGCCUUGCAUAAUAAUGCAAAUUCUUAAUCAGAUGCGAUUUUCUUUCAAUUCAAUAAUAUGGGUGGAGUAAGUGGGCAAGAUUGCGAUUGAUCAUCAAAACUGCAACAACAACGAGGCAAGUUUUUUUACCACCGCAAUAGCCACGGGAUAUGUGACUUACUAUUUAAGUUGCAUAUGCAGUGUUAUGAUAACGACUACUAAUAAUAAUGAUAAACUAGUCUGUGAAGGAAACGAAAGUGACCAACAAACAAUCCACGAGGCUCAGGCACUACUACCAAAUGAACCAACGUUAAGCUUGCAUUUUUUAACGAAUUCUGUUUUUUUAUUCCUUUAUUCUCCUUUUUUUGCAGUUCAUUGUUGACUUUUACUAUAUGUAAUUGUUUCAUAUUUGUUAUAUAUGCAGUAAAAAGCAAAUACUUGUUAUUUUUUAUUUACACACUUCCUUUUCUGUAAAUAAAAGUAAAGCAAAAAUGUGUGCGUA